AUGGUUGGACGACUUGCUGGAAAGAAUGCGCUCGUUACUGGUGCUGCGGGAGGCAUCGGUCUCGAAACCACCAUCCUCAUGCUCCGCGAGGGCGCCUCCGUGCUGAUGACCGACAUCAGCGGCCCCGGACUCGAAAAGGCCCUGAACAAAGUGAACGAGGUCGUGCCCGAACGUUCCGGCAAGGUGGAGACUCGCGUUGUCGAUGUCUCCAAGGAGGCUGAUGUGGAAGCUGCCGUGGGACAUCUGGAUGCCUGGGGUGGAUUGGAUGUCAUUUUCAACAACGCGGGUAUUAUGCAUGCUAAGGAUGGCGACUCGGAGGAGACUCCCGAGGCGAUCUGGGACUUGACCAUGAACAUUAAUGUCAAGGGUGUGUGGUAUGGAUGCAAGCAUGCUGUCAAGAGUCUGAGGAAGCAUGGCAAGAAGAAGGGAAGUAUUAUCAACACGGCCAGUAUGGUGGCUUUGGUUGGUGCUGCUACGCCUCAGUUGGCGUAUACGGCUAGUAAGGGUGCGGUGUUGGCUAUGACUCGCGAGUUGGCGAUCGUGCAUGCUAGGGAGGGUUUCCGGUUCAACUCGUUGUGUCCCGCUCCGCUCAACACCCCUCUUCUGCAGGACUGGCUCGGUGACGACAAGGAGAAGCGCUUCCGUCGUGAGGUUCACUUCCCGACCGGUCGUUUCGGAGAGGCCAUCGAACAGGCCCACGCCGUCAUCUUCCUGGCUAGCGAUGAGAGCAGCUUCGUCAACGCGGCUGACUUCGUCGUCGAUGGUGGUCUGACCAAGGCGUAUGUGACUCCUGAGGGUCCUGCCACUGAGGGCCCCAAGAACCUGGGUCAAUAA